AUGAAUGCCUCCGAACUGGACAUAUUGGUGGCAAAGGGCCAACUAGAAAUAUCUCAAUUAGGACCAGAGUACGUAUACACACCUCGAGGUGCGGCUUACAACGCUGGAUUGGAGUUUAAUGUUACGUUCGACAACAGUUCUACAUAUAAUGGCACCGACGAGUCUGUCGAGCUCUGGAAUGAGUACAUCCACUUGCUGCAGGACCGGGCUCUCCUCGUCACAUUCCUACUACUGUUCUCGCUUACCACUGUAUUUGGAAACAUGCUUGUUAUAAUGGCGGUUGUUCGUGAAAGAUAUUUGCACACAUCAACAAACUACUUCGUCACAUCCCUCGCAGUGGCUGAUUGCUUAGUCGGCCUCGUAGUGAUGCCGUUUUCGGCGCUGUACGAAGUGCUUGAGCACACAUGGUUCUUCGGCAUGGACUGGUGCGACGUAUGGAGGUCUUUGGAUGUCUUAUUUAGCACCGCUUCCAUACUAAACUUGUGUGUUAUAUCCCUAGAUCGUUACUGGGCUAUCACAGAUCCAAUAACGUAUCCGAUGCGCAUGAGUGGGCGGAAGGCCGCCUUUCUAAUAGCAGCUGUAUGGGUAUGCUCCGGGGCUAUAUCCUUUCCAGCAAUAGCUUGGUGGCGGGCGGUUCGCUUGGAGGAAGUGCCGGAUUACAAAUGCCCGUUCACGGAAAACUUGGAGUACAUAAUAUUUUCAUCCACCAUAUCAUUCUAUCUUCCGCUGUUCGUAAUGGUGUUCACGUACUAUCGUAUAUAUCGGGCAGCGACGAUUCAGACCCGGUCCCUGAAGAUCGGCACGAAGCAGGUGAUGAGACCGAGCGGCGAACUAGAGCUGACCUUGAGGAUUCAUCGAGGGGGCACUAUGCGGCAAAGGGCGGAUGCCUGCCACGGCGGUUGCACUCCCGACGAGACCGACCAAGAGCCGCUAACGGCGUUGCAGAACAACGGUCUAUCACGAUCCUCGACGCGUCUAACGAACGUGACGCACGCGAAACACAUUCCGAAAAAUUUUUCCUUGUCCCGCAAACUGGCAAAGUUCGCAAAAGAGAAGAAGGCGGCAAAGACUUUAGGCAUUGUGAUGGGCGUGUUCAUAGUGUGCUGGUUGCCGUUCUUCGUGGUGAACCUACUGUCGGGGAUCUGUUCGUCGUGUAUCACCCACGAGGAGAUAGUCAACGUGGUGGUGACUUGGCUCGGCUGGGUCAAUUCCUCGAUGAACCCGGUUAUCUACGCGUGCUGGAGCAGGGAUUUCAGAAGACGGGGCGGCGACCGCUACGCAGAGUCCUACCCCAUGCGGACUAUGGACACCGGCUUCGAUGCGAUACACUAUGGCGAUCGACACGCGGCCUGCGAGAACACCACCCACUGCCCAGACUCCGAAUCGGUCAGCGAGGUCAGCCUGGAGGCCGAGAGCCGCCGCCAGUCUGUUAGGAGUGCGAGCAGGAAAAGGGUCACAUACCAAUUGCGGGCCGACGUCAUCACCAGCCAA